AUGUGGUCAACAAAAGAUCGUCGUGAAGCAUUGGAUUAUUUAAAUUUAAAUGCUCUUCUUGGUUUCUUAUCAUUUGUCAGUGUAUUUCUAUCAUAUUAUAUACUUGAAAUUUUAAUCGGAAUGGCACGAAGUAUUGAACAAAAUAUGCAAUUAUUUCAUCGAAAAUAUCGAAUUAUGUUCUGUUCUAUACUUCAUGUUGUUCUUGGAUUAUUAAACUUUGCAAUGUGUUACAAAAUGAACGCAAAUGCUUCCUAUUCUUCAUCAUUUAUCGUGCAGCAAAUUUGUUGUACAUCUGCAUCGUUAUCAAUUGCAUACAUGCAAUGGUAUUUUCGUAAUGCAUGCAACACGCAUAUUUUGCGUAUCGUUGUCAUCAUGAAUAUUUGCCAGUUUAUUCAAGAAAUAGCAUUUGCAUACAGUACCUAUAUGCUAAUUAUGGUUAUGGGACGAAAAAGCGAUAUCAAACCAAAUGAAUUAAAUUCGCUCAAUGAAACUGAAGUUUUACAUUUAUUAAUUGGAAAUAUUUUAAUUCAUGGCAUACGGCUUAUUAUUUAUGCAUAUCCUGUGGCUAUUUUCGCAGGCAAAGCUUUUUUAGCCGAAAUUUUAUGUCGUAUUCGAUUUUUCGCGAAUCGUCGACGUGGAAUUAGCUCAGAGCAAGCUAAACAAGCUAAAAAAGCUGCUAGUUACUUCUUUCUUUCAUUGGGCUUAGUUAUUUUAUCAGUUAAAUCAAUUAUAUUCUGCUUUCGAACAAUAACGAAUCAUACGCCAUUAUAUACCCAACCGAUAUCAAUUAUGGUCCCACUUCAUCGACUUAUUAAUUUAGGCUAUAUUCUUAUUGCUGUUGUUAUUAUUGAAAUACUUUUCACAAUAAUAAUGUAUCAGGUAUUUUCAAUAAAAGUUGAUUUUGUUUUGGGUACCGAAUUAUUCUUGUGGAUUAAUAGCAUUUCGACAUCUUUGCUACAAAUUUGGAUUUGCAGACAUGAACGUUUUCAACGAUGUGUAAUUAUACUUAUCAUAGAGCUAAUAUCGAAUUGUUUCAAAAUAUUUCUACUAAUUAUGGUCGAAGAAGAAAUUGUUCAAACAAUUAUCGCAGUAAUGACACGUUAUAACAAAAUUUUACCACAUGCUACUGCACGAAUAGUUUACAUUGUGGUUGAUCACGUACUACAAAUUAUUCAAUGGGCAUUGAAUAUUUGUUCACUUGGAUUAGCAUUAAUUGUAUUAGAUGGAGUGGAAAUAGAAGAGGACGAUUUCAGCGAUGGAACGGAUAAUCCAACAAUUGAUUUAACUAAUGAGCUUUUUAAUGCUCCAAACUUUAGAGAACAUUUAAUCACUGAAUGCAUUUCUGAAACUAAUCGUACAAAUUGCUGCAUUUCUGAAAUCAAUCGUACAAGUUGCUGCAUUCCUGAAACUGAUCCUGCAGAUUGCAGUAUCUUUAAUAGAUUAGCUGAUAAGAAUUAUAUGUGGAGUGAAAGUCAUGUAUCUUUCGCUGAUGAAAUUGCUGAAGGUGGCAAUAAUACCAAUAAAAAUGACAGUAAUAGUAAGAUUAUCGAAAAUUUUACAAAUAAAAAUAAGGAUGAUGAUAGCAUUAGUGGAAAUUCGAACUCUGUGACUGAAAGGAAUUCAUCCAAUAACAAUGAAACGGAGAGCGAUGCUGUAGAAAAAAGUGUUGAUAGUAGUGGCAGUGAUAAUGAUAAUGAUACAUAUGUUGAUAAUGUUGACUCUACAAUGUAA